ACUCGCUCCAUGUUAAAAACUUGCAUGUGUUAUGUUUGCAGGAGUAAGGAAGCAGACAGCACUUUGGAGUUGCUGCCAACAACCGGGCUCGGCUGUCAAAUUCUCUUUGGUAGCCAGCCCUUGUCAAACUCCAUCCUAAUUUUACCUCACCGGCCUGGGCGCAAGGUGCAGGCAGAUAAAUAACGUGCACAAGUUUCCUCCUCUGCGUGUCACAAGAAUCUCGUUGCUGCGGAGAAGGCUCCACAACCCAUCAUGGCUUCCUUCUCAGGACCCCUCCACCGCCCCCUCUCCGCCAUGGCAGUCGCCGCCUUUGCUGCCGUCUCCUCCCUCGAGCUUCCCGACAAAUUGUCCCACCACAAGCUUUCUGAUGCAAGCUCAAAUGCGGAUGUGCUUGGGUCAGUCCCGGCCACCAGGGCAGAUGCUCCAGCAGUGCCUUCAGCCUCUACCCUGUCUGGCAUGCAGCUAUUGCCGUGCAAUCUCCAGAAUUUGCAUCCGUUGAAGGCUCCGUUCGCGUCUUUGCCGGUCAUCCAGACCGCGUACCAGUAUGCAAAGAUUGCCAAGACCUCGGAACAAGAUGAAGCAAUUCCUGCAAUUCCUUCCUCGUCGUCCGAUGUGCUGUACCGCUGGCAUCUGCCAGACCCCAGGGCUUGUGCCGACUUCCCCGACAAGUCUCAGACAGUGGUGGUUCUUCUUGGGUGGCUGGGCUCAAGGCAGAAGCACCUCAAGAGAUAUGCCGAAUGGUACACCUCCAGGGGCUUCCAUGCUGUCACUUUCACCCUCCCAAUGUCUGACAUCCUCAGUUAUAACCUUGGAGGGAAGGCUGAGAAGAAUGUAGAGAUGCUAUCUGAGCAUCUUGCUGGCUGGGUCAGGGAGGAGAGUGGGAAGAAGAUUAUUUUCCACACCUUCAGUAAUACUGGUUGGCUUUGCUAUGGCGUAAUUCUGGAGAACCUGCAACAGCAGGAUCCUUCAGCAGUGGAGAAAAUUCAAGCUUGCGUAGUAGACUCUGCACCUGUUGCUGCACCUGAUCCUCAGGUAUGGGCCUCAGGCUUCUCGGCUGCCCUCAUGAAAAAACACAGUGUCACCACAAAAGGACUAGGAUCAAAUGAUUCAAGGUCUGAUGUCCUAGUUGUGGAGUCUAACAUGGAGCCUAAACCGGCAGCAACAGAGGCGGUUCUACUGUCAGCAUUGGAGACAUUUUUUGAUGUCGUUUUGAACUCUCCAAGGAUCAACAGGAGGUUAUCUGAUGUCAUGGAGCUUUUGUCGUCGAAGCAACCAAAGUGCCCUCAGCUGUAUAUAUACAGCUCUGCCGACAGGGUGAUCCCAGCAAACUCAGUGGAGUCAUUCAUCGAGGGGCAACGGAGAGCCGGGCGUGAGGUGAGGGCCUGCGACUUUGUGUCGUCGCCUCAUGUGGACCACUACCGGAGCAAUCCUGGUUUGUACACCUCUCAGCUGAGCGACUUCUUGGAGGAAUGUGUCCUUAGCACUUGUCGUGAAGACAAAUGUCCCUCAUGAUUAUCAUGGUUCUUGGGGGCAUAACACAAAACAUUGGGUUGUUUCUUUUUUAUUAUUCUUUUGGUCCAUGGUCAUGUACCAGGGAUAUACGCCGGUUGGUUAUACAAAGAAUUUCUGACAUGUUUUUAUUGUUCCCUUCGCGGGGCUGACUUAGUCGCACAAUUGUAAAAAUGUUGAGGAGAUAACAAAAAUGAAAAUGAGAGUCAA